GUGACAUUUUCAUAGCCCAGAGAGACAGUGUUUACCGUUUUCAAGAAAAUUAACCUACGCAUGGCUUACGUCUUUGCAUGUUAAGCUGGGAUUUUAACACUGAAAAAGUUACAUACUUUAGCUUUAACGAUGUGGUUUAAAAUCCGUAUGUUGUAGGUACCAGUGUGUAAUCUUGAGUUUCUUUUUAUAAACUGUGUUUUUGUUUCUAUCACAGUUUUGGAUAAAAGAUGUCAUUGAGAAGGCCCAGGCAGGAACUGGUUGAGCAGGGAGUUCUCAAGGAUCUUCCUGAGAAUGAAGCUGGUGAGGCCCAUGGUCAUAAGACACAUUAUGUGAAGAAUGGUCAUACACUACCUGUAGGAGGCAGCGGAGUUGGUCUGGGGCUGGAAAAGGUUCACUCACCUUCCGAAUCAGAAUUCAGGGUAAACCCAGUCUGGCUUCCACAGCCAGACGACCGCAGAGGUCGUGUCCCAUCCGACGGGGAUCAUCGCGGGGGACUGGGCUCCUGGGCCCCCAGCCAGGAUGAAAGCAGGGAAGGCAGGAGAAGUGGAUGGGCUCCUGGGACAGAGGACUGGCAAGGAGAUGAUGGCCGACGUGGAGGAAGAACACAUGCUGAUGUGGACAGGAGGCCUGGGCUCACCAAAGCACCAUCCGAGGAUGGGCGUAGGACUCGCCCUGAGCCAGACUGGAAGCCUACACUCCCCCGCCACUUGUCUGUCGAGGAGGGAAUGGGAAGACGAGAGUUUGACAGCAGUCAAUACAUUCCCAACUCAGAGGUUUUGAGGGACACACUUCGAGAGCCUCUGCCUCCCAAGCACUCAGUCAUGCCCCCAAAAUGGUUGAUGACCUCCACCCCGGAACAUGGUGCAGACAACUCGGCCCGUACCCCUGUACAUAAACCCACAGCUGCUUUCUCCUCUUCAUCUGCUUCUUCCAACUCCUCCUCAGCUGUCAGCAUGGCUGGAAAAACACUACGAAAUGUCUCAUCAGCUGGCACUAACACACAGGCCUCCAGUGGAGGUCCCCUCACCACUUCCUCAGGACCAUCCUCCAUGGGGACUGGCCCAACCAAACAGCCCCCCCUCCCUCCGCCCAAGCCAAUCAACCGUAGCAGUAACCCUGCCAUGUUGGCCUCCACCCUGUACGGGGGUGACGGCAGCAAUUUCCCUCUCUACUGGUCCUGCUGGAAGCGUGAAGGUGACUAUGACGUCUACCUGUCCCUGCCUGUCUACCUCUGCAGGCGGGCAGGAGGCAUGCGCACAGCUGAACUCACACAAGGAGGAAACCUAGGACCAGCCAAGCCCUCGCCGCCCAUGCCCCCGAAGAGGACCACGCCCAUCACCAAACGCAACACAGACUCCCCCCUAACCAUUUCCUCCCUCCCCUCCAUUCUGUCUGAGGACAUGAGGGCCAACAUCCCUGGGGGCUACCAGCUGCCCCUGCCUCCCCCGUCCCCACCUCUCCCCAUACAUAUCCUCCCAUCCCGUCCACAGGCCCACACCCAUCAUCUCCUUCACCAACACUCCUACCCCUACCCCCUGCCCCAGCCGCUACCUGUUCACUUUGACCCUCCCAGCCCGCCGGAGGAACCACCUGCACGUCAAGCACCUGUUCCCUUACACAUCAUGAUCCAGAGAGCUCUGAGUAGCCCAGGACCCACCCUCCCACACCCAGACAGCUCCCAGCACGCCCACUCACUGCUGUUUGAGACCCCGCCAGAGUACCAAGGUGGUCGCCCUCUGCCAGUCACUAUCCAGCCUCUCAAACUGGAUGAGGAUGACUACUCGGAUGAAGAAGACGAAGAGGAGGAUGACUAUGAAGAAAACCCCCCUUCUGAUAACCUCCCAUCCCCCCAGUCCCAGCCAGAGCUUGAGCCUCGUAGCCGCAGGUGUUUGGUGGGGGAUCUGAGCGUCAGUGUCAUACCUGAAGGAAACAACAGCAGUGAAGAAGAGGAGGAUGAAGAGGAUCAACAGCCAGAGGAUAGUGACUCGGAUGGACCUGUGCUCUACAAAUAUAAUGAAUCGGAUGAAGAGGAGGAAGAUGACAGUCCACCAAGUGCUCUGGCCAGCAGGGUGAAGAGGAAGGACACAUUGGCGCUGAAGCUGAGCAGUCGGCCCUCUGCCCCAGACAGGCAGGCUCCUGAGAGGCAAGCCAAAGUUGAGCACACAAGUCUGUCAUGGCAGAGCAAGGAGCAGUGGGAGGCCAUCCGCACACAGAUUGGUACCGCACUCACACGACGAUUGAGCCAGAGACCUACUGCUGAGGAAUUGGAACAGAGAAACAUACUCCAGCCCAAAAAUGAAGCAGACAGACAAGCAGAGGUCAGGGAGAUCAAGCGCAGACUCACCAGAAAGUUGAGUCAACGCCCUACAGUGGCUGAACUACAGGCCAGAAAAAUAUUACGUUUCCACGAAUAUGUAGAAGUCACAAGCGCCCAGGACUAUGACCGCCGUGCUGACAAGCCAUGGACCAAACUCACUCCUGCAGACAAGGCUGCUAUUCGUAAAGAGCUCAACGAGUUUAAGAGCUCUGAGAUGGAAGUGCAUGAGGAGAGCCGAAUUUACACAAGAUUCCAUCGUCCUUAACAUCAUCUUUUAACUGGAAAAUUAAGCACUUAAAGGCUGGUGGAUAUGAAGCAAUUUUUCUGGUGAGGAGGCUCAUGGUGUCAGAGUUUCCUUACAAACUGCUUUUAAUAUUUCUGAAUGUACUACUUUAAAUGCACAGGGACACCUAACACAUUACAAUUGAGAAACAGACAAAAAUAUGGACUGUUCCUCAGUCCUCCGCCUGCUGACCAGUGAACAGUCAGUAUGGGAGGGGUGACCUCUGGGGGACUGAUGCAGUAUUUCUCCUGGACUUUAGGGGAACCAUGUGCCAAAAAGGAGAGGUGACGAAGGACUUAUUAUAGAGGAUGAGUGGAGUGUUACGUGUGCCAAUGGCAAGCAUAGUGAAUGGCCUUUUUUUCUGCUUUUACUCCAUAUGACAAACUUAAUUUCCUUUCAGGGAAGUGUAACAAAGUAAAAAAAAAAAAACAAUAAUAGUAAUAAUAAUGUGACAAUAAUAAAUACAGUAAUAAUACAGUAAGUGUUAGUUACUGAGCAUAGCAGGGCAGAGGUGUGAACUGAAGAACUGCAAGAUAAUGCCUGAACCUGGAAUUUAAUUGUGUUUUUGUGUAUGUUUGUAUAGGCUGCUGUUAUUUUCUCUUAGUCUGACUCUUUGGAAUGUUGUACAUUUUAGAAACUGUUAGGCAAUACUUUUUUACUAUUAUUAUUUAGUUAUUUUGGCCCUCUUUAAUUCAAAACUUUGUUUCGGAUUCUUCCCGACUUAUUGGUCCUCACUGUUUUAGCACUAAUUUACCAUAGAAAAGAAGAUAGUAUUAAUUGUAUUUCUUAAUAGGUGAUAUUCCUUAUCACAAAAUGUAUCUACAUCAAAACCAAAUUUUCUGAUUGUUUACGCUAUUUUUAAAUCAAGGUAUUUGUACUCUCUAAAGUAAAGGUGAGGUCAACCAAUUUCAGUUUGAAAAUGUGUUCAAAUCUAGUUUACAAAAUAUAUUAUUUCUUAAUGAAAAAAUAUUUUCUGGUUAUUUAUUAUCCAUUUUCAAGAAGAAUGAAUAUAGUCAGGGCUCGCACUGAUACAGCUCUAAAGUGUUGUAUCAAAUGAAGUGUUCUUGACAGGGAGAUUAUUGCAGCAGGAACUCUUCUUUGAUUUUGCAUUUAUUUUAUCAAGCGUUGUUUUUGGCCAGUAGAAUAAUAGCAAUUGCUCUGUUGUACAGAUCUAUUCUGUAGAUGAACUUGACUGUUUGUGUAUAUCCUGUCUUCCUUUUAUUUGGAAAACUAUUUUAAAUAUAUUGAAACUCAUAGGUUACUAUUUUUUUAAGCACAAAAUUAAAAGUGUAUUAUUCCACACUACAAGAAUGGGAGCAUGAUGUACCUGUUCCAUUUGAAUGUGGUGUUUGAAAUUCUUGCUAUUUAAUUAUAUGUGAACUUUUAGAAACUGACAUUUUCUGUUUAGAUGUAAACAUUUAAAUCUAAAUUAAAAUGCUUA